CGCUGUCAUUUUUCUUCUUGUCCAUUCUCUCCUCCGAUACGUAUAUGCGUGUUUCUGGGCCAUUGCAAGCAACAGACAGGCAUCUACCGCGUAUCUUCCACGCCGAGGCCUAGGAGGGUGCCCCUGCACGAGUCACUCUCCCUUGUGAACAAUACACCCCCAUUGGACCGUUGCAAACAUUUUGGUCCCGUUGUUGCGCCUCAAUGGGCUUUCUCGCAAUCAUUCUCGACAGCCUCUGCGAGCGCUGCUCGGAUACCUCAGUUCUUGUGCUUUGUGGCGUCGGGUUUCUAUCACUGCUUGUCGUGUCUGUUAUUGUCAAUGUCUUGAGACAGUUUGUUUUCAAGAACCACAAUGAGCCCCCUGUGGUAUUUCACUGGUUCCCAUUCAUAGGUAGCACCAUCAGCUAUGGCAUGGACCCUUAUAAGUUCUUCUUUGAUAGUCGUGCGAAGUACGGCGAUAUCUUUACAUUUGUUCUCCUUGGCAAGAAGACAACGGUUUACCUAGGCACCAGGGGUAACGACUUCAUUCUAAAUGGAAAAUUGCGUGAUGUUUGUGCCGAAGAAGUCUACUCUCCACUCACCACACCUGUGUUUGGGCGCCAUGUUGUCUAUGACUGUCCGAAUGCCAAACUGAUGGAACAGAAGAAGUUCGUCAAGUUCGGUCUUACAUCUGAUGCGCUGCGUUCGUACGUACGUUUGAUCACAGACGAGGUGGAAGAUUUUGUCGAGCAUUCCGCAGCUUUCAGAGGGACCAAUGGCGUUUUUGACGUCUGUAAAACAAUCGCCGAAAUUACCAUAUACACGGCCUCACGUUCCCUUCAAGGAAAGGAAGUUCGGAGCAGAUUUGAUUCUACCUUCGCCGAACUGUACCAUGACCUUGAUAUGGGAUUUGCUCCCAUCAAUUUUAUGCUUCCCUGGGCACCCCUUCCCCACAACCAGAAACGUGAUGCUGCACAGCGGAAGAUGACCGAAACAUAUAUGGAGAUCAUCAAGGAGCGUCGUAUGGCUGGUAAUGAGAAGGACUCUGAAGAUAUGGUUUGGAAUCUUAUGUCCUGCAUAUACAAGGAUGGCACACCGGUUCCUGAUGAGGAAAUCGCACAUAUGAUGAUCGCUUUGCUUAUGGCUGGCCAGCAUUCCUCGUCGUCGACGGCUUCAUGGGUUGUUCUACACCUUGCAAGGAAUCCAGAUAUCAUGGAGGAGUUGUACGCCGAGCAGAUCCGUGUGCUUGGUUCUGAUCUGCCCCCUCUUACUUAUGAAAACCUGCAGAAACUGGACCUGCAUGGGAAAGUUAUCAAGGAAACACUACGCAUUCAUGCACCAAUCCAUUCAAUAAUCCGCGCAGUUAAGAAUCCGAUGCCCGUGGAUGGUACUUCAUACGUGAUCCCACCUUCCCAUAAUGUUCUUUCGUCGCCUGGCGUCACUGCAAGAUCAGAGGAAUACUUCCCUAACCCCCUGAAAUGGAAUCCCCACCGCUGGGAUGAAACGAUUGCAGCCAAUACAGAAGACGAAGAAAAAAUCGAUUAUGGGUAUGGCCUUGUCAGCAAAGGUACUAAUAGCCCAUACCUUCCAUUUGGUGCUGGGCGCCACAGAUGUAUUGGUGAACAAUUUGCCUAUGUGCAACUCGGUGCAAUCACGGCCGCUUUGGUGAGGAUAUUUAAGUUCCGUAAUCUGCCAAAUAUCAAGGACAUCCCGGAAACAGACUACUCAUCUCUUUUCUCCAAACCUGCUGGCAAGUCAGCUAUACAGUUUGAGAGGCGCAGUUCUACAACCAAAUCAUAA